AAAAAAAAAAAAAAACAACAAUAAAAGUCGAGAGUCGCCUUCCAACACGCAGGUAUGGCUUACCUUUCCGAUGUGGAUCUCGCAACACUACACCAGUCACGCCUCGAAGAGCGCGUACAAUAUCGGCUGUCUGCGCUGUGGACGCAUGCUACGGAACAGCGUCGGGAACCACAAUCACUGGCACCAGUGUCGUCAUCAACAGCGGCAGCAAUGUUUGGUGAUCGUGCAUCGGCAAAGCUCAGGGACGCUGGCAGCACCACAGCAGCGCCCGAAACGCGCUCAAGCGCUAGUGAUAUAGUGGCGGGCAGGUGUCCACAAGAAACGACUGUUAAGCGAAGUUCUCAGCAAGAGCAAAAGCUCACCACAAUGGAAGGACCGGUCCAUCAGCAGCAGCAGUACAACUUCAACGGUCAUGUGAUACGCCCUAGGAUACGAAGUAGCAACAGCAUGUCCAGCAGCAGCUCGACAGCAUCCAACUAUCAUCAUCACCAUCCGCAUCAUGGAAGUAGCGGUAGCAACGGUGGCGGCAAACACGUCGAGUGGAGUGAUGAUGACCAUCUGCAUGACGAUGGUUACUUCUCGUCCGACACACGCCGAAGAAGGUCCGGUACAUGGCCGCGAACACGAAGUUUGAAUGCACCGUCACCGUUUCAACAAUUUGGACCAUGCGGUCGGAUUAUGAAAAACUCGGCAAUGGUGAUGCAAAUCCAGGAUCCUGCCAGCCAACGGUUAACGUGGUACAAACCACCGCUCGCCGUGCUGGUCAUUAAGAAGGUUCGUGACUCGAAGGUGCUACAACCGUUCGUCCAGCUGGUGGAGUGGUUAAUCCACGAGAAGCAUAUGGUCGUCUGGGUGGAGGCAGCGAUACUGGACGAUGCACUCCUUACCGGAGACAAACGCUUUACCAAGCUGCAGGACAAGCUGAUCACGUUUAAGGAUGGGCGUGAUGAUUUGACCGAUAAGAUUGAUUUCAUCAUCUGUCUCGGGGGUGAUGGAACGUUGCUGUAUGCGUCGCUCCUGUUCCAGAAGUCUGUCCCACCCGUUAUGGCAUUCCAUCUGGGGUCGCUCGGAUUCCUUACACCGUUCCAGUUCGACAACUUCCAGGAGCAGGUGACGAACGUGCUGGAGGGACAUGCGGCCCUGACGUUACGCAGCCGGCUGCGGUGUAUCAUCGUGCGCAAGGACAAAACGGAGCAGGAGAUCUCCACGUUCAAAUCGUCUCAGGAUCCAUCGACAAACAUACUGGUGCUCAAUGAAGUUGUAAUAGAUCGGGGACUGUCGUCCUACCUGAGCAACAUCGAUCUGUUUCUGGACGGCAAGCACAUCACAUCGGUACAGGGCGACGGGCUGAUCGUGUCAACGCCGACUGGCAGUACGGCCUAUUCGGCUGCCGCCGGUGCCUCGAUGAUUCAUCCAUCCGUGCCCGCUAUACUCGUGACGCCCAUCUGUCCCCAUUCGCUCAGCUUCCGACCCAUCGUACUGCCAGCGGGUGUGGAGUUGAAGAUUGCAAUAUCUCCCGACAGUCGAAACAGUUCUUGGGUAUCGUUUGAUGGUCGAAAUCGUCAAGAGCUACUACACGGUGACAGCCUUCACGUCACAACCUCUAUCUACCCGGUGCCAAGUAUAUGCGCCCAGGAUCAGAUCGCCGACUGGUUUGAUUCGUUGGCCGAAUGUCUACAUUGGAAUGUGCGCAAGCGACAGAAGUGUCUGGAUGAGCUGUCCGACCUAACCGGUUCCGGUACGGAGGAUAGCGCCAUCGAUGACAUCGUGCGCGGUAUGGAAAACCUCGAGAAUUGAU